AUGGUGGCUUGUGCCGAUCUCUACCUUCUCAUUUACCUAUCACCGAUCUUUUCAAUAGCGGCCUUUUUGAUGACAUUGUUGGUGGCUUGGGUGACAAACACUCACCGAGGCAUCGUUUCCGAUGUGCAAAUUAAAUCAAUUUGCUUGAUCGACGACUACUUGCAAGUUUUGGUGCCACGCGGGAUCGCGAAACGAUUAAAACAGGACGAUUUUUUGAAUGUCGACGAGGCCACGAAAGCGGAUCGAACCGGUUUGGGACCAAGCGCUGGAGCACCAAAG